AGGGCACCAGCUCUCCUCAACAACCACGAGCUCCCCGAUUUCCAUCCCAUCCUCGUGCGCUGCAUCAGGAUCUAAACUACCGCACUGCCGUCCUUGCACCGAUUGAGCGCUGCGACUAGGAAUACAACGAAACGAUGACGCAGGCCUUGUCGCUGCGCGGGCUGUUCUCGUACGCCAGCAACCUGCUGUCGCAGAUCCCAGCCGCACUCGUCGACAGCACCAGCGCGCCGCUACCGCCUAGCGAUGUUCAACCCUACUACCCCCUCAGCGGCGCGCCGUCAUGCCCCCUCGACGGCCCGAUGAGCUGCCACAACAGCACCCCCAUCGCGGACGACUCGUGCUGCUUCGUCUACCCCGGCGGGCGCAUGCUGUUGACGCAGUUCUGGGACCAAAAGACGCACGCUGGCGGCGCUGAGACGGACUGGACACUGCAUGGGCUAUGGCCCGAUCUCUGCGACGGUACCUACGACCAGUUCUGCCAUAUGACACCACAGUUCAACAACAUCACGGCCGUGCUCGAGCACUACGGGCAAGACGACCUCAUUGAGUUCAUGAACCGGUUCUGGCUUGCUGCGUCUGGGUCAAACUCGCGGCUCUGGCAGCACGAGUUCAAUAAACACGCCACCUGUAUCAACACACUUGCGCCUGCAUGCUACGGCGAGCUGCAUACCCCAGGGAUGGAGGUCGUUGACUACUUCACGCGUGCCUCGGCUCUAUUCCGCAUGCUGGACACGUACUCCGCGCUAGAAAGGGCCGGCAUUGUGCCGCAUAGUCGCCGGCACUACCCUUUAGUAGAUAUCCAGACCGCGCUGGAGAAGUUCAGCGGCGGCAGGGUGGUGCUCCGGUGCACUGGGCGGAGAGAUGUCUUGCAUGAGGCGUGGUACGUCUAUUUCGUCAAGGGGAGCCUGCAGAGCGGAGAAUUUGUGCCAGCCCAGGACCUCGGGAGAGAGGGUAAUGCGGGUAACUGCGCGCCCUGGGUCAAGUACCUCCCCAAGAUACCUAGGGAAGACGAGUUAUAAUGCACGGGCUGUUUCUUACGGGGGAAAGGUGGUUUGCUUCGUUAUCCAUAUAUUAUUGAUUAUUGUACUAGCUUUCUAAUUUACCAUCUUGAUUUUUGGAGG